CCGUCUCCAUUCGUACUCUCGGCAGCAUGGCUCCAAAGAAAGUGGAACCGAAGAAGACAGAGGUGAAGAAGGUGGAGGCGAAGAAGGAGGAGCCUCCUCCGCCUCCCAAACCCGCAGAGCCGGAGUCCAAACCUCCCGAGGUGGACCUGAAGAGCAUCGUGGUGGAGUUCACCCCCGACCAGAUCGAGGAGUUCAGAGACGCCUUCACGCUGUUUGACGAGACGCCCACAGGCGAGAUGAAGAUCACCUUCGCUCAGUGCGGAGACGUCAUGCGAGCACUUGGCCACAACCCCACCAACGAGGAGGUGCUGAAGCUGCUGGGGAGGCCAAAGGCGGAGGAGCUGCAUGUCAAGCUACUGGACUUCGACAGCUUCCUGCCCAUGCUGCAGCACGUGGCACGCUCCAAAGAGCAGGGCACCUUCGAGGACUUCGUGGAGGGUCUGAGGGUGUUUGACAAGGAGGGCAACGGCACAGUGAUGGGAGCAGAGCUCCGCCACGUCCUCUCCACGCUGGGAGAGAAGAUGACGGAGGACGAGGUGGACCGGCUGAUGAUGGGACAGGAGGACGCCAAUGGACACAUCAACUACACCGAGUUUGUCAAACACAUCCUGGCUGGGUAAAAAACACAGAUGCGUUCUUCUUCUUCUUCUGAUGGACUGAGGUUCUGUCUGUCUCCGAUGUCUCUCCUGUAUUAAAUGUGUUUCCACUCUUUGUGUCUCUAAUAAAACAGCUUCAGUGCUUCUCA